AUGGCUUCAGAUGAUGUUUGUGUUAUCAACUAUAGCAAUAUAUGUGAAUGCUUCAGUCCUGCUGAAACAACCCAUUCGAUAGAAUGCUGCGAAGACUAUAUUAUACGAUUGGAAUGGACUGGUGCGACAAUACUCUACGAGCAAAUUAAUGACACAUCAUGUACUCCAUCAAAGGGGAACUCUUCUUGUUUAGUCAAUGAAGAAAAUAAUUUUAAAGUAAAUUAUGAAGAUAAAUUAAACAUCUAUAACAGUUGUAGUGGAAAGAAACGAUGUAAUGUAAGCGUAAAUCCAUCAAGUGAUAUAAUGAUACAUAUUCCGGUGAUUUGUGUACAAGCAACUAGAAUCAACAAUUUCAUAGGGAAUUCUCCUAAAAAUUUUAUAAAUGGAUUUCCAAUAUUUUACAUAGCUGGUAACGAUUACAUUGGGAAAGAGAUUACCUACAGUUGUACUGUCAAAGUUAAAGUUUUAUAUUUAGAGGUUUUCUACAUACACCUUGGUCCUAGAUCCUGUGAAAAAGUAAAGAUGUAUGCGAAAGGAUUCCCAAAAUUUGAAUUGAUCUGUACGGACUCCGGAAUGACAAUGUUUUAUAAAGAUAUUGGACGUAUCGGUACAGAGUUUAGUUUAGAAAUAAAGGAUCUGAAAUUGGAAAAGAAUGAAGUUAUAUAUUUUAUACUACUUGAUGCCAACGGGUCGAACAUAAAUGUACAUUGUCAUGGUUACCAGAAAAAUACAACAGAAACCGAAAGUCGCCGAAGGAAACAACUACCAAUGAGACAAUGUCAAACCGGGAGGAAAAUGAAAGUGACAACUCACAAUACCAAUACGUUGAUAUAA